UUGGCGAAGUAAGUGGGCCGCCCUCAAAAAAACUUCCCAAUAAGGAACGGUUUGAUCUUGGCAGGAAUAAUCGCAAUGCAAAAGACAAGAAAAGUCUAUGCGAAUUAGCUUUAGUUACAGAAUUUGGUCCAAUUAUAAAUGAAUUAGAUUUGGAGAUUUUGGAAAAAACAAUAGAAACAUCGGUGUUAGAUCAUAUGGCUGAUAAUAUUUAUCAUUCGAGACUUUUGAACCAGGCUAAAAUCCCUUUAGAAAAAGACAAUAUAGACAAGGUCAAUUUUUUACAAUUUUUAUUCACCAUUUAUGAAUUAAUUAUUGCUAUUAAUGAAAAUAGCAGUAAAUUAAAUAAGUUGAUGAAUACACUUUCAAGAAGAAAACAAGAAUGGAAAUCUAACAAUAGUGAUAUGGAUUUUGAUGCUUUAACAAUAAGCGAAGCAGCAAAAAAAUUGGUCCUUUCACAAGCGAUUACUACUUCAACUCCAACAUCAUCACCAUCCCAUAGUGACUCAACUGGCUAUGAAAAUAUGCCAAUAUCUA